CGUAUUUAAAAACUAAUCCUUUAAGUCUAGAAAUGCUUGCAAAUGUGUUCAUAAGAUAAAUAAUAAUUGAUAAUAGACCACCAGAAUAUUGGCAUUGGAUCGUAUCAACUUUAAAUAUUUAGAAUUCACUUCAUAAGUCAUUUGUAUUUAUUAAUAAGUAGUUGUAAUAAAUUAUUACAAAAUAAUGGACAGCCAAGAAACAGUUUGCUCACCAAUUUUAAGUUUAGAAGAAUUGGAAAAUUUUAAAAUACCAUCGUGGACAAAUUCAAUUUUACCAUUACAAUCGAAAAACAAUUGGUGUAUUUCUACAAAUAAUAUUCAAUGCCAUGAAGAUAUCCAAAAAUGGAAAGUGCAACCAAGAUAUUUAAGCAAUACAGUACCGCGCACAAUUGUCUGUCAUGAUAUGAAAGGAGGAUAUCUGGAGGAUAGGUUUAUUCAUGGAAGUAAAGAUGAAUCAUCUUACAAUUUUAUUCAUUGGAUGGUGAUUGAUACAUUUAUUUAUUUUAGUCACAGUUUUAUAACAAUACCACCUUUUGGAUGGAUUAAUGCUGCACAUCGUCAUGGAGUUUAUAUAUUAGGAACAAUAAUAACAGAAGGUAAAAGUGGUGAAGAAUUAUUAAAUUCAAUAAUCAAUAAUGAUGAUAAAAUCAAUAUGUUUGUCAAUGCAAUUGUAAAUUUAACAGAAUGUUUUAAAUUAGAUGGAUGGCUUUUAAAUAUUGAAAAUCAAGUAAAAAAUGUUAUAGGAUUAAAAAAAUUAGUUAAACAGUUAACGAAUGAAUUACAUCAUCAAAAUCCAAGAACUUUAAUUAUUUGGUAUGAUAGUGUUCUAGAAACUGGUGAAUUAAAAUGGCAAAAUGAAUUAAAUGAAAAAAAUAGUUGUUGGUUUGAUAUGUGUGAUGGAAUAUUUUUAAAUUAUAAUUGGAAAGACAAGCAUUUGUUAGAUACGUAUAACAAUUGUGGAAAUCGAAAUCUAGAUGUUUAUGUGGGAAUUGAUGUAUUUGCAAGAAAUUGUCUUGGUGGAAUGGACAGUCAUAAGUCCAUGAAAUUAAUUCGUGAACAUGGGUUUUCGGCUGCUAUAUUUGCUCCCGGUUGGACACAUGAAUCAUUAACCAAUGAACCGAAUGAUACAUUUCGUAAACGAUUUGAAGUAAAUGAUUUAAAAUUUUGGAAAAGUUUAUCACCAUAUUUAUAUGAGCAUGGAACAAAAAAUUUAUUUAAAACAAUUUUUCACAGUGGAUGUUCUAAGAAUUAUUACAACAUGAAUAGUCUUGAUUUAAAAAUGAAUACAUUACGUCUUGGAAUUGACGUGGAGAUUAGCAACGUGAUUAACAACAUCGAUCAAAAGCAAAAAGAAAACAACAACAACAACAACAAGGAUAUAAAUAAUUGUAAUUGUCAAACAAUUGUGGAUACGAAUAUGUUACGAAAUGGAACUGCUUUAAAAAUAUGUUAUCAAAAACCGCAUCAAAUCAAUAGAAUUGUAACAUGUGAUGUUACAUUUGAUAAUACACUUUUAGUGGCAUGCAUUUAUCAAUACGUACAAACUCCAAUCAAAUUUAAUAUUCUUCUGUUGUGCCAAAAUGCUAAUGGCAGAUUAUCCAGAACGGAGCUCGAAUUACAAUCUGAUGACGUUGCCAAUAGCAAUUAUAUGAAUUGUGUGCUAAGUCAGUAUGAGAAAUUAAUUUUACUAAGAAGAAUUUUUCAACUACAUACGCCGUUAGAUGAUAAAUGGAUUUUAAAAUGUUUUAAAAUAAAGAAUCGUGAUUCAAAAAUUAUGGAAUUAGGAGUUGAAUUAAUUGAAGCUGGUGAAAUUUUAAUAGGAGGACUCGCAAUAUGUACAUAUCCGAUCAGAGGAGGCAUGCAAUAAAUAU